AUGGAAAAUAGGUUUAAUAAUGAGGGUAAUGAUGCUCAAGAAACAGUUGAUUCCAAUGAACCGAGUGAAUUAGGACUAGCAAUCGAUGUAAGCUUAAAUUUAAAUGAGAAUGUGAAUAUUAAUGAAGAUAAUCAAGCGUCGUCGUCAUCCUCCACUAGCGACUUUGAUUUGAAUUUACCAGCGUCGCAUUCGUAUUUGGGUGCCAAUUUAAAAGAGUUGAGAGGUCGAACGUUACUGGAUGAUGGUAUAUACUUGAAUCUCCCGUUACUCAUAAAAGAAUCUAUAAUUUUAUUUCCUGGACAAACCUUACCACUGACUGUAUAUAAUACAAAAGUUAUCGAUAUGCUUUCAAAUUGUAUCGAGAAAAACCGUACAUUUGGCGUUGUCAAUCGUAAUGGCGUUAAAUUAGCAUCACUAGGCACAACGGCAGAAAUAUAUGAAUACACGCGUGCUAAUCCUAUAGAGGGAUUUUGUGUAAAAGCGAAAGGAAGGCAGCGAUUCCAGAUUUUACAGACCAAUCCAAUUAAUAAUGGUGGAGAAGUUACAUUGGCAAAUGUUAAAAUAUUGCCAGAAAAAAUGCUUCCACAUCCAUUUAUUGAAUACAAAUUAACAUCGCUAGAUAAUCAAAGAUUAGAUCCGACUGACCGAGAGCAUAGAAUACUAGACAAAGUAGAAAGCGUGGAAGCUCUAAUGACUCAUUGGCCUGCUUGGAUUUACAGGCAAUACGAUAUAUAUAAAUUGGCAUUUAAGAUCAGACAACAACUUCAAUUUAUAGAAACUAAAGGAAAAUGUAUACCUAGAGAUCCAACGGAAUUAUCUUUUUGGGUCGCUGAAAAUUUACCAUUGAGCAACAAUCAAAAAAUUAUACUAUUAAAGUUUGACUGCGCUAUUUCUCGAUUACGAUGGGAAUUAAAUUAUCUAAUAACAGACCGAAUAAUUGUAUGCAAAAAUUGUGACAAAUACAUUGGAAGACCGUGUGACAUAAUCGUAAUGAAUAAAGAAGGCCCGCAAAGUACGUUUUGUAACGCAAAUGGAGAAGUUCACGAUACCAUAACUUUAUCUAAAGCCAAAAAUCUUGUGCUUAUAGGUUACCCUUCUUACCAUUACAGCUGGUUCCCAGGCUACUAUUGGACUGUUACAGUAUGUGAAAGAUGUAGAUGUCACAUGGGAUGGCUAUUUAAAACUAACAAAAAGAAGAUUUUAAACCCUACAUUCUUUUGGGGCUUAACGAGAAAUGGUUUAAGAUCCAAACACAUAUAAAUGAUACUCUGAUAAUUUAGUG